ACGUGACCCGAGGCUGCCCGGAAAGCUCCGAGGAGGAGCCUGGCGCCGCCAUUUUCCUGCGGCUUCCCGUGCCUCUUUCCCCUGCCCGGCUCCAGCUGACCGGAGGCGGGGUGGGCUGAGCUGCGGCGGGGGGGGGGCGGGGAGCCUGGCCGUGCCCGGCGACGGGUCGGACCCCGUGUCGGCGGGGAGGGGGUGGCGGCGUGAGACGCGGGCCGGUGCUCCGGGACCGAGCGGCGGCGGCGCGCGGCCCUGACCCCGCCCCAGGCCGGCGGCGGGCGGGCGGGCGGGCGGGCGGGGAGGCCGGUGGGGUCGGGGUGCCCCGCGGGGGAGGGGGGGCGGGGGCUCUCCGGCGCUUGGGGUCCCGGUCCCCGGCGGCUGCCGAGCGGACGCGGGGCGGAGGAGCCGCCGCAGCGAUGUCGGGCCAGAGCCUGACGGACCGGAUCACCGCCGCCCAGCACAGUGUCACCGGCUCCGCCGUGUCCAAGACAGUAUGCAAGGCCACGACCCACGAGAUCAUGGGGCCCAAGAAGAAGCACCUGGACUACUUAAUUCAGUGCACAAAUGAGAUGAAUGUGAACAUCCCACAGUUGGCAGACAGUCUAUUUGAAAGAACUACUAACAGUAGUUGGGUGGUGGUCUUCAAAUCUCUCAUUACAACUCAUCAUUUGAUGGUAUAUGGAAAUGAGCGUUUUAUUCAGUAUUUGGCUUCAAGAAACACAUUGUUUAACCUAAGCAAUUUUUUGGAUAAAAGUGGACUGCAAGGAUAUGAUAUGUCUACAUUUAUUAGGCGAUACAGUAGAUACCUAAAUGAAAAAGCAGUUUCAUACAGACAAGUUGCAUUUGAUUUCACAAAAGUGAAGAGAGGGGCUGAUGGAGUUAUGAGAACAAUGAACACAGAAAAACUCUUAAAAACUGUACCAAUUAUCCAAAAUCAAAUGGAUGCACUUCUUGAUUUUAAUGUUAAUAGCAAUGAACUUACAAAUGGGGUAAUAAAUGCUGCCUUCAUGCUCCUAUUCAAAGAUGCCAUUAGACUAUUUGCAGCAUACAAUGAAGGAAUUAUUAAUUUGUUGGAAAAAUAUUUUGAUAUGAAAAAGAACCAGUGCAAAGAAGGUCUAGAUAUCUAUAAGAAAUUCUUGACUAGGAUGACAAGAAUCUCAGAGUUUCUCAAAGUUGCAGAGCAAGUUGGAAUUGACAGAGGUGAUAUACCAGAUCUUUCACAGGCCCCCAGCAGUCUUCUUGAUGCUUUGGAACAACAUUUAGCUUCCUUGGAAGGAAAGAAAAUAAAAGAUUCUACAGCAGCAAGCAGAGCCACAACACUUUCCAAUGCAGUUUCCUCAUUGGCAAGCACUGGCCUAUCUCUGACCAAAGUGGAUGAAAGGGAAAAGCAAGCAGCAUUAGAAGAAGAACAGGCUCGUUUAAAAGCUUUAAAGGAACAGCGCCUAAAAGAACUUGCAAAGAAACCUCAUACCUCUUUAACAACUGCAGCCUCUCCUGUGUCCACCUCAACAGGGGGUUUAAUGACUGCACCAGCCAUCGACAUAUUUUCUACCCCUAGUUCUUCUAACAGCACAUCAAAGCUGCCAAAUGACCUGCUUGAUUUGCAACAGCCAACCUUCCAUCCAUCUGUACAUUCUAUGUCAACUGCUUCUCAGGUAGCAAGUACAUGGGGAGAUCCUUUCUCUGCUACUGUAGAUGCUGUUGAUGAUGCCAUUCCAAGCUUAAACCCUUUCCUCACCAAAAGUAGUGGUGAUGUUCACCUUCCCAUUUCUUCAGAUGUAUCCACUUUUACUACUAGGACACCUACUCAUGAAAUGUUUGUUGGAUUCACUCCUUCUCCAGUUACACAGCCACAUCCUUCAACUGGCCUUAAUGUUGACUUUGAAUCUGUGUUUGGAAAUAAAUCUACAAACGUUAUUGUGGAUUCUGGCGGUUUUGAUGAACUAGGUGGACUUCUCAAACCGACAGUGGCCUCUCAGAAUCAGAGUCUUCCUGUUGCCAAACUUCCACCUAACAAAUUGGUGUCUGAUGACUUGGAUUCGUCUUUAGCCAACCUUGUGGGAAAUCUUGGCAUUGGAAAUGGAACCACUACUAAGAAUGAUGUAAAUUGGAGCCAGCCAGGUGAAAAGAAGUUAACUGGAGGAUCUAACUGGCAACCAAAGGUUGCUCCAACAACUGCUUGGAAUGCUGCAACAAUGAAUGGCAUGCAUUUUCCACAAUACGCACCCCCAGUAAUGGCCUAUCCUGCUACUACACCCACAGGCAUGAUAGGAUAUGGAAUCCCUCCUCAAAUGGGAAGUGUACCUGUAAUGACACAACCAACCUUAAUAUACAGCCAGCCUGUCAUGAGACCACCAAACCCCUUUGGCCCUGUAUCAGGAGCACAGAUACAAUUUAUGUAACUAGAUGGAAGAGAAUGGAGUUAUUCCAAAAAGACAAGUGCUCAAGUGGCGAAUCCUUACUUCCAGCAAAAUUUAAACUGCUGUCUCUUAAAUUCUUCUUCCAUUAGAAUGCUACAGUAACCCCGUGAAAGCCCGUGAAGGAAAUUGGGACUAGUUUAUAGGAGAAGGUUAUCAAUACAGUUUAUAAAGCCAAGAAUUGCCAUGAUUUAAGACUAAGAUCCGUCUUUUUUGGUGACUAACCUUUCAGUUCUUUCAACUCCUAUUAAUACCCAUAACCAGUAACCUACCAAGAAAAGCCCUUAUUUGGAAAGUGUGAAAUUUGUACUUGGAAAUGCUGCCUGGAGAGAAGAGCUAUGUCCUUUACUGUAUUCAACAGGACUUAUUGGGGGAUCAAAAUCAUAAUUCUUAAUUAUGCAUUAUCUUUGUUUUCUCAAGUCCUCACCGACACCGAAACCAUAACUGAAAUUAACAUUUCCUUUUAAAAAUUUAUAUUCAGUUUGCAGUAGACAUUCCUUAAGUAUUUGUAUUUAUUUAUGAUUAUCAGUUUUACGUAACAUUAAUAUUGUAUCAAACCUCCUUAUGAAGAUGAGUAUGGAUGUACACAGUAUGUUUGAUUUUUAUCCACAAGAAUGAAUCUGAUUCAGAAUGCUUUUCAGCUGACAUACAGAGCACUAAAUAUUUUAAGGCAAAUCCAUAGGUCUGGAUAUUUUAAGAAUCUCAGUCUCUAUGGGAUUUAGGGAAGCAUUAUAAAUGCAUUAAUCCUUAUAGUCAAUUCUGUGCCUGGGAUUUUGCAAGGGAACAGUUCACUGACUAGGAAAAGCACUACAUAGAAAAUUCAGCAUUAGUGCAUUGGGAAGGAUCUUUACUGCUUUGUGCUUGGCAUGUCAUUAUUUUCCAUUUGACAUUAGGGCCUUUCCAAAAUGAAUGUGAGGAAUUGCUUUCACUUCAAGACUUUCCUUCUUUUCAGUAAAACUCUAGGAGAUAUUAUUGGGGAGGGGAGGGAAACAAAAUUCUUGAACUUUUUAUUUGGCUUGUGCCAUGUUAUGAUCAUGUACCUUUUAAAUAAGGGGAAAUAGUAUCUUUAAAGUUAAUGUCUAGCCAAGAGUUUAGUUACCGAAGAAUUAAACCGCACUGUUGAUCGGUGCUUUGUGUAAAUACAUCAUACGCUUGGGUUAAGAGGGACCUCGAGGAGGACAGUUCAUUGUAGGAAAGCAAUUCUGUACAUGAGUUUAAGCAUACUUGUUGCAUUGUCUCUGCAGAUUAUAUUUUUGUUUACAAUAUUAAAAUGUAUGUUAGCAAAAUGGGUGGAUUUUCAAAUAAAAUGCAGCUUCCACAAAACUUUUGUUAUGGUA